AUGAGUGAAAACAAUAAAAAGAAACGGUGCGCGUUAAGCGUGGAUACUAAGCGUAAAAUUAUUAAGUGCGUUGAAGAGAACCCAACAAAGAAAAAAACGGAAAUUGCGAAAGAGUUUGGCAUACCACCUAGCACCUUGGCUACAAUUUUAAAAAGAAAGGACAAGUUCGACAACGAUGAUCUGUGUUCGGCAAUCAAAAAGUUAAAGUCGUGUGAGCUAAAGGAUGUAGAGGAGUGUGUUCUCAAAUGGCUGAAGCAGUGUCGGGACAAAAAUAUUGCUGUAAGCGGUCCAAUCCUUCAAGAAAAAGCCCAGCAGUUUGCUUCUGAACUGGGGCAUGAACAAUUCCGAGCUAGCAACGGAUGGUUGCAAAAUUUCAAAAAACGAAAUGAAAUUAUUUUUAGAAAAAUUUGCGGUGAAAGUGCUAAAGUCGACGAUAGUGUUUGUUCCGAGUGGAAAGAUAAACUUAUCGCGCUAACCGAAGGCUACGAACCGGAAAACAUUUAUAAUGCGGACGAGACGGGACUGUUUUUUAAGUGUUUGCCGGACAAAACCUUGUCGUUUAAGGGCGAUAAAUGCCACGGCGGGAAAAGCAGCAAGGAUCGCCUAACUGUAAUGUUGUGCGCAAACUGCACAGGAACUGACAAAUUAAAGCCUCUUGUAAUCGGGAAGUCAAAAAACCCAAGAUGUUUUAAAAAUCUGACUGAUCUUCCUACGGACUACAUGGCAAACCCAAAGGCUUGGAUGAACUGUGAGGCAUUUACUAAAUGGCUUCAAAGUGUAAACAAAGAAAUGAAAAAGAAAAAGAAGAAAAUUCUUAUGUUUGUGGAUAACUGCACGGCUCAUGGAGACAUUCCUAAACUCAGUAACAUAAAGAUCGAGUUUCUGCCUCCAAACACAACAUCGAAGCUGCAACCACUUGACCAGGGGAUUAUUCAAAGCUUUAAAGUCAAUUACCGAAAAGAGGUUGUUCAACAGUUUCUGAGAGACAUGGAAAGCCGAAUUCCAACUAACAUUAACAUCUUGGACGCCAUGUGGAUGACAACAAAAGCAUGGAGCAAGGUCACGGAGACCACAAUUUCCAACUGCUUCAGGAAGAGCGGAUUCGCCGUUCCGACCUCGGAAGACAACACAGCACAGCCUUUCACUCAAGCCGUCGAUGUUCCUGAGAGUUGGGAACAAAUCCAAGAAGUGCUCAACCUACAGGAGGACGCUGCAGGGUUCGAAGACUUCGUUACAUUUGAUGACGACCUGGCCGUGUGUGGAGAACUAACUGAUGCCGAAAUCAUCUCCUCUGUGACGUCAGAUGAGAAUGCGGAUGUGGCGGAUGUGGAGGAAGAUAACGACGAAGAUGAACAAACUGAGUUGCCUGACCCAACUUCAAAAGAAGCUCAUCAAGCUCUAAGCUUGCUAAAACGUUUUUUUCUUAAAAAGAGUGGUUUGUCUGACGGUGUUGUGAAAUCUAUCACCGACCUGGACUGCGCCUUGGACACGUUGAGCAUCACUGCACGUAAGCAAACAACGAUAACAGACUUCUUCUUUAAUAAUCAGAGUGGAAGUAGCCAAGUAAGUGAAGUAACUGACAAUGCCAACUAA